UUCUGGAAAGUGACUGUGACGUAGAGAAGAAGAAAAGAGGAAUCGAAAGCAGUGCAGUGCGCUUGGGAAUUUGGAAUAGAAAUUUUCAGCAAGUUCACUAACUGUUGCAAGGGGAACGGAGUGAAUUGGUAAGUUUGUCGCAAUAAAUUGCCCAGACAGAAGUCGAAUCAGCCUUCCAACAGAUAUCAGUAUGGAAUGCAUUGAUAAGGUUCUUAGUGUGGCUAAGGUUAUUUACUCGCUCUGCAAUGAGGUAAAAAUGAAUCACAAGCGAUGCCAGCGCCUGACGGUUCGGAUCAAAUACCUCUUGGAACCUGUGAAGGCCAUCGAGGGUGAAGACCUGACUGUGGCAAAGGUUCUGAAGGAGAUGGUGGGGAUUCUGGAGAGGGCAAAGGAUUUUGUUGAGUCUUUCACCAAUAAGCACAGAUUCUCCAAGGUCUUCAAGGCUUAUGAGAUCAAGGAAGACUUCAGUCAUCUCAAUGAGCGACUAAGUGAUGCUGCUAUAGCCCUGGAUCUGGCCUUGCAGACCGAACAAACUAAAGUGCUGUUGAGUAUGUUUAAGGGCAAGCAAAGGAAGAAAGAUGAUGAGCAAGACACAGAGGAAGAUCAGAUACAUCUGGAUAAGGUGGCAAAGAAGUUGGAAGAAGCAUUGCAUUCAAUGGAGGAGAGAAUCCAACAGGCAGUGGAGACUGUGAAUGAUGGCAUGGAGGAAAUGAAAAUGGACUUGAAGGACAUUAAACGUAUAAUUGAAUCUUACAAUGAGAAACCUUCCGUUCACCCAGUGCAGGACAUUUUGGAAUUAAAGCGAGAGGAUAUCGAAGUGCAAAACAAACCUUUCAUGGAAACUGCCAAUUCCAAAUAUUACAGGGGAAUGUUGCAUAAAUUCCCAGUGGCCAUUAAACGUUUCCUUAACAUUGGGUUUUCCAAUCUGGAGGAAAUUCGGAAAAUUUUUCGCAAAGAGGCUGCAACCAUGAAGCAUUUUGAAUCACCAAACAUUGUACGAGUUUAUGGAAUCUGCAUUGAUCAGAAGGGUUCCAAUCCUGAGUUCUUGAUCGUGAUGGAGUACUGUGAGCUGGGGAGCCUGCGCAGAGUGCUGGAGGGAGAGCAGCAGCUCAGCUGGCAGACACGCAUUCGCAUGGCACUGGAUGCUACCUGUGGCCUGUACAGGAUGCACCAAUCAAAUGAGAAGUUCAAACUUCUUUGUUCUAUUGACAGCGCUAGGUUCCUGGUAGGCCACGGUCUUAGAGUAAAGCUGGGAGGCUUGGACCUGGCAAAGACAGAGACCUCAAUCCGACGGAUCGGUGACACCAUUCAGAGAUCCCAAAUGAUACCGUACAUCUCACCACAGCAGCUGGGCGACAUCAACUACCCAUAUGACAAGGCCUGUGAGGUGUACAGUUUUGGAAUUGUCCUGUGGGAGAUAGCCAGCCGUAAAGCACCAUUUCGAGAUUGUAGCGACGAAGUCAUACGCCAAAAGGUCUGUGAUGGAGUGCAAGAGGCUUUGCCCAGUGACUGUCCCAAGGACCUUUGUGAGCUGAUUGAUGAAUGCCGUGCCUACGACCCAUUCGAACGGCCGAAAGCUGGUGCUAUUGUCGACAGGCUGAAGAAUAUUCUGAACAGAAUUUCCACAAUAACCAAUGAAUCAUGGGACUGAAUCCUAUUAUCCCACUUGGUCAUCAUGCUCCACAAUCUGUGGCACCAGUUCCAGACCAUGACAUGAGUACAGGCAUCCCACAAAACUCAUUCAGAACCUGGCUUUGCAGUGUGUUGAUAGAUCGUCUGCAACCUCUGCCACUCUUCCCAUAAAGGUGCAGCAGAAGUUACCUAAUUGCAAUAAAACACUUCCUACUUUC